GGAAACCGGAAGUGGAGCCGGGAAGCUGCUGAAGCUUUGGGCUGUAAACCCGAGCAACUGCGUCUCGUAGCAAACCAGCUAAGCGACAUCAAAUCUGCGAUGGGCAAGGGGAGAGGCACGUUUGAACGGCUGCUGGAUAAGGCCACCAGCCAGCUGCUCCUAGAAACUGAUUGGGAGUCCAUCCUGCAGAUCUGUGACCUCAUCCGGCAGGGCGACGCCCAGGCUAAGUAUGCCGUCGGCGCCAUUAAGAGGAAGCUGAACGACAAGAACCCCCAUGUGGCCCUGUAUGGGCUGGAGGUGCUGGAGUCUGUGGUGAAGAACUGCGGCCAGACGGUUCAUGACGAGGUGGCCAGCAAGCAGACCAUGGAGGAGUUGAAGGACCUCCUGAAGAAGCAGACUGAGCCCAACGUCAAGAAUAAGAUCCUGUACCUGAUCCAGGCCUGGGCUCACGCCUUCCGCAACGAGCCCAAGUACAAGGUGGUUCAGGACACCUACCAGAUCAUGAAGGUGGAGGGUCAUGUCUUCCCAGAAUUCAAAGAGAGUGAUGCCAUGUUUGCGGCGGAGAGGGCUCCUGAUUGGGUCGACGCAGAGGAGUGUCACCGGUGCCGGGUCCAGUUUGGGGUCGUGACCAGGAAGCACCACUGCCGGGCAUGUGGGCAGAUUUUCUGUGGCAAGUGCUCCUCCAAGUACUCGACCAUCCCCAAGUUCGGCAUCGAGAAGGAGGUGCGCGUGUGCGAGCCCUGCUUCGAGCUUCUCAACAAGAAAGUGGAGGGUAAAGCAACUGCUGGGGCCCCAGCCGAACUGCCCCCCGAGUACCUGACCAGCCCGCUGUCCCAGCAGUCCCAGAUGCCCCCCAAGCGGGAUGAGGCAGCCCUGCAGGAGGAGGAGGAGCUGCAGCUGGCCAUCGCCCUGUCCCAGAGUGAGGCUGAGGAGAAGGAGAGGAUGAGGCAGAAACCCACCUACUCUGUGUACCCCAAGGCGGACCCCACCCCUGUGACCUCGUCAGCCCCCCCGGCCAGCACCCUCUACUCCUCUCCGGUGAAUUCCUCAGCACCCUCAGCUGAAGACGUGGACCCAGAGCUGGCGCGAUACCUGAACCGGACUUACUGGGAGAAGAAGCAGGAGGAGGUGCGCAAGAGCCCCACCCCGUCUGCCCCUGCCCCCGCGCCAUUGGCCGAGCCCCUGCCAAUUAGCCAGCCCGUGGAGAGCCACAUUCCGGUUCAGCCAAUCAGCAUCGUGGAGGUACGCCACGCCACGCCCCUUCAGACCCGCACGCUGUGUCGAGAAGCCGUUUUCACCUCGCCCAGUGUGACGCCGGACCUCCUCCCCCAGCAGCAGUACCAGAACGGCGAGUCGGAGGAGAACCACGAGCAGUUCCUGAAGGCGCUGCAGAACGCCGUCACCACCUUCCUGAACCGCAUGAAGAGCAACCACAUGCGAGGCCGCAGCAUCGCCAACGACAGCGCCGUCCUCUCGCUCUUCCAGUCCAUCAACAAUAUGCACCCACAGCUACUGGAGCUGCUCAACCAGCUGGAUGAGAAGAGGCUGUACUACGAGGGACUGCAGGACAAGCUGGCCCAACUGCGGGACGCGCGCGCGGCUCUCAACGCUCUCCGGGACGAGCAUCGCGAGAAACUCCGCCGUGCCGCCGAGGAAGCGGAGCGCCAGAGACAGAUUCAGCUGGCCCAGAAGCUGGAGAUCAUGCGGCAGAAGAAGCAGGAGUACCUGGAGAUGCAGAGGCAGCUGGCCAUCCAGCGGCUCCAGGAGCAGGAGAAGGAGCGGCAGAUGCGGCUGGAGCAGCAGAAGCACACCAUCCAGAUGCGGGCCCAGAUGCCACCCUUCACGCUGCCGUACGCACAGAUGCAGUCCCUCCCACCUAGCGUGCCUGGGGGGGUAGUGUACCAGGCGGCGGGCCCCCCCAGCUACCCCGGGACCUUCAGCCCCUCUGGAUCAGUGGAGGGCUCCCCCAUGCACACGGUCUACAUGAACCAGCCAGGCCAGGCUGGUGCUCCAGCCCCCUACCAGGCCAUGCCAGUCUCUGCCACAGACCCCAACAUGGUGAACGCGUACAUGUAUCAAACGGCGGGCUCCGGCGGGCAAGCCGUGCCCCCAGCCCAGGCCCCUCCCACAACCAACCCCACCUACUCCAGCUACCAACCCACCCCCACGCAGGCCUAUCAGAACGUGGCCUCCCAGGCUCAGCCCAUGCCCCCCAUGUCACAGGCUGCCCCGUCCAACGGCAUGGCGUACAUGAGUUACCAAGCCUACAACAUGCAGAAUAUGAUGUCAGCACUGCCUGGCCAGGACCCUGGCAUGCAGUCCCAGCAGUCAUACUUGCCUGGACAGCAGCCAAUGUACCAGCAGAUGGUGCCCCCUGGUGGCCCCCAGCAGCAGGCGCAGCAUCAGCCGCCUCAGGCAGCCCCGGGCAGCGCAGAGGCUCAGCUCAUCUCCUUCGACUGACCGUCUGUCUCCCUCCCACGUCCACCCCUGCCUCCUACUGUCAGGAGCCUAGCACACUACACCCCAAUAUCCCAUCUCCCCCCUGUACCCCCCUUCCUUGCCUAGUGUCACCACCCCUGUCUCACGUUUCCCUGGAAACAAAACACAGCAAGAAUGGCCCGGCCUUCCUCCUGUGUGCCGCUGCGUUGUCCUUCCUCGCUCUAUAGCACAUGCUCAAAAGCUUUGGGAUUUUGUACAGGGAGCACAGAAUGUGUGUCGGCUCCCUUCUGUGUAUCUAGUGAUUCCUAAAAAAAAAUAAAUAAAAAUAGUUAGCGACAUCAUUAAAUGAACUUUUGAAGGGCGAGGCGUAACUUUUUUUUAUCGAAUUGCAUGCUUUAAAAAAAAAAAAAAAAAUCAGUUGCGAAAUGUUCUGGCACCUUUGCCACUGGCUUUGCUGUAAUUGGUCGAAGUUGGGGUCUAAUAAUGGUUUAGAUUGGCUGACAUAGAGGGAAUUCAAUAGCUCCUGGAAGGUUCCAUUUUCAACACCAGAGAUGCCCCAGCUAGCCCAUCUAGCCCCUGCUGCUUAUGCCCCCCCCCUCCCCAGGUAGAGGAUGUCCCAGUCUGUCAUUGGUACCCUUCACCUCUGUGUGAGGCUUGCCACAUAUCUCUGACCACUUGGUGGCGCUGUUGGAUUCCAGUGGUACAUUCAGCCAUUCUCUGUUCACUCCCAUAAUCAUCACAUUAGUUGCUUCGCAGAUUUAUUUUUCCUGCCGCUACUUUUACACUUUUAUUCGUGCUCUUUACCUUUUGUGUAAAAAUUCGAAUUUAUAAGCACUGCGCUAUCUUCUAGGCUGCUCUUUUCGUUACUUCACCUUCAGACUGUUCUGUGCAUGUAGCAGUGAGAGGUCUGUCCUGUAUAUGUUCACCUUAGAGCAGUGUGCCACUGGACUGCUAAUGUGACAGACUGGGUCAUUGAAAGCAGACCUAAUUUCCAGUGUAACCGUGCUUCUUGGUGGUGUGAUGUCACACAGAGUCACCUUAAGGACACCUGUCUGACACCCCUUCUGCUGAAGCGUUUUGUGGGUAUUCGCCCAUUAACACUUCGGCUUUAAUUUCUUGCACACGUUGACCUAAUUGAGCCAGAUAAACAUUAAUAUAAAGGAAGCAUAUUGAUGGCUGAGCUGUGUAACUGCAUAGAAUGUUCAACAGCUAGACUUUAGUUGCUGACGGGUUUAGUUACGAACUUAAGAAAUGAGGCAAGCUGACCGUCAGAAACACAGAUUUACAUUAAGCUUGCUCACAUGUGCUCAGCUCGUGGCUUCUAUAACCUUCUAAUGUCAUUUGUGAACUUUUUUUGUUCUACUUGUCAUGCUGAUCUUAGUCUAUAAGAUCAUUCAGUAAUUUUAAAAUUAUAUUUAAUAAAUAUUGUGUUCCUCUGUU